GCGGCGCUGCUCACUCCCCGGAGAUCCGAGCGCCGAAGCCGCCGCGUCCGCCCGCCCUUAAAGGGCCGGCGCCCCCAAAACUCGCCGAGCCGCGCGGCGUCGGGUCUCUACCUCUAUCACGCCUCUCACCCUCUGACUCUCCUCCCAACGCGGCCGCCCCCGCCUCCGGGUUCCCCUCCCUCCCUUCCUCCCUCCCUCGCCCCCCUUUCCCGGCGUCUCCAAGCUCCCAGCAACCAGCCGCCUCCUCGCUCUCAGGGCCCUGGCGGGCGUCCGCCGGGUCUCCGGACAGUCCUCUGUCCCUGGCGAGCUGGGACCCCCUUCCUGUGGCCCAUACUCCAAGCUCUCCCCUCCCCCUUCUAGCCGCCCCCUCCCCUUUCGGGCUACUGAGAGCGUGUCUAUGGCUCCUGGGAGGGGAUGAUUCCUAAUCUCAGGCCGGGGUUAAAGUUCUGGUCCUGGUGAGAUGCUGGAAGCUGCGGCCAGAGCCGCAACCCGCCCUGGAGGUGUCCUGUCGCCUGUCGCCGCCGCCGCCACUGCCGCCCUGCCGGGGCCAUGUUCGCUCCGGGCUUGGCCUUCUUGGCAUUCUUGGUGGCCUCGGUCGAGAGCCAUCUGGGGGUUCUGGGGCCUAAGAACGUCUCGCAGAAAGACGCCGAGUUUGAGCGCACCUACGUGGAUGAGGUCAACAGCGAGCUGGUCAACAUCUACACCUUCAACCAUACAGUGACCCGCAACCGGACAGAAGGCGUGCGUGUAUCCGUGAAUGUCCUGAACAAGCAGAAGGGGGCUCCUUUGCUGUUUGUGGUUCGCCAGAAGGAGGCGGUAGUGUCUUUCCAGGUGCCCCUGAUCCUGCGAGGGAUGUUGCAGCGCAAGUACCUCUACCAAAAGGUGGAGCGAACGCUGUGUCAGCCCCCCACCAAGAAUGAGUCUGAGGUCCAGUUCUUCUAUGUGGAUGUGUCCACCCUGUCACCAGUCAACACCACGUACCAGCUCCGCGUCAGCCGAAUGGACGACUUCGUGCUCAGGACCGGAGAGCAGUUCAGCUUCAAUACCACGGCAGCCCAGCCCCAGUACUUCAAGUACGAGUUUCCGGAGGGAGUAGACUCGGUCAUUGUCAAGGUGACCUCCAACAAGGCCUUCCCCUGCUCAGUCAUCUCCAUCCAGGAUGUCCUGUGCCCUGUCUAUGACCUAGACAACAACGUGGCCUUCAUCGGCAUGUACCAGACUAUGACUAAGAAGGCAGCCAUCACUGUGCAGCGCAAAGACUUCCCCAGCAAUAGCUUUUAUGUGGUGGUGGUGGUGAAAACCGAAGACCAGGCCUGUGGGGGCUCCCUGCCUUUCUACCCCUUUGUGGAAGAUGAACCGGUUGAUCAAGGGCACCGCCAGAAAACCCUGUCAGUGCUGGUCUCGAAAGCAGUCACGUCUGAGGCCUACGUUGGCGGCGUGCUCUUUUGCCUGGGCAUAUUUCUCUCCUUCUAUCUGCUCACCAUCCUCCUGGCCUGUUGGGAGAACUGGAGGCAGAGGAAGAAGUCCCUUCUGGUGGCCAUGGACCAAGCCUGCCCAGAAAGCGCUUCUCUCCUUGGUCACCCCCGGGUCCUGGCCGAUUCCUUUCCUGGCAGCUCCCCGUACGAGGGCUACAACUACGGCUCCUUUGAGAAUGGUUCUGGCUCCACUGGAUCCACUGAUGGUCUGGUUGACAGUGCGGGCCCCGGGGACCUGACCUACAGUUACCAGGACCGUCCCCUGGACCCCGUGGGUACUCGGCCACGGCUGGACUCCAUGAGCUCCGUGGAGGAGGACGACUAUGACACAUUGGCCGACAUCGAUUCAGACAAGAAUGUCAUUCGCACCAAGCAAUACCUCUACGUGGCCGACCUGGCACGCAAGGACAAGCGCGUCCUGCGGAAAAAGUACCAGAUCUACUUCUGGAACAUCGCCACCAUUGCCGUCUUCUAUGCUCUUCCCGUGGUGCAGCUGGUGAUCACUUACCAGACGGUGGUGAAUGUCACAGGGAACCAGGACAUCUGCUACUACAACUUCCUCUGCGCCCACCCGCUGGGCAACCUCAGCGCCUUCAACAACAUCCUCAGCAACCUGGGGUACAUCCUGCUGGGGCUGCUCUUCCUGUUCAUCAUCCUGCAGCGGGAGAUCAACCACAACCGGGCCCUGCUGCGCAACGACCUCUAUGCCCUGGAAUGUGGAAUCCCCAAACACUUUGGUCUCUUCUACGCCAUGGGCACGGCCCUGAUGAUGGAGGGGCUGCUUAGCGCCUGCUAUCACGUCUGCCCCAACUAUACCAAUUUCCAGUUUGACACGUCAUUCAUGUACAUGAUCGCGGGGCUCUGCAUGCUGAAGCUCUACCAGAAGAGGCACCCCGACAUCAACGCCAGUGCCUACAGCGCCUACGCCUGCUUGGCCAUCGUCAUCUUCUUCUCCGUGCUGGGCGUGGUCUUUGGCAAAGGGAACACCGCCUUCUGGAUCGUCUUCUCCAUCAUUCACAUCAUUUCCACUCUGCUGCUCAGCACACAGCUCUAUUACAUGGGCCGCUGGAAGCUGGACUCGGGCAUCUGCCGUCGCAUCCUCCACGUUCUCUACACGGACUGCAUCCGGCAGUGCAGCGGGCCCCUCUACGUGGACCGCAUGGUGCUGCUGGUUAUGGGCAACAUUAUCAACUGGUCGCUGGCUGCCUACGGCCUCAUCAUGCGUCCCAAUGAUUUCGCCUCCUACUUGUUGGCCAUUGGCAUCUGCAACCUGCUUCUUUACUUUGCCUUCUACAUUAUAAUGAAGCUCCGGAGCGGGGAGAGGAUCAAGCUCAUCCCCCUGCUUUGUAUCAUCUGCACGUCGGUGGUCUGGGGCUUUGCCCUCUUCUUCUUCUUCCAGGGACUCAGCACCUGGCAGAAAACCCCCGCAGAGUCAAGGGAGCACAACCGGGACUGCAUCCUCCUGGACUUCUUCGACGACCACGACAUCUGGCACUUUCUCUCCUCCAUUGCCAUGUUCGGGUCAUUCCUGGUGUUGCUGACACUGGACGAUGACCUGGACACCGUGCAGCGGGACAAGAUCUAUGUCUUUUAGCGGGAGCUGGACCCCCUCACUUCACUCGUGGGGCCCUGAGCUCCUCCGCCUCACUGCCCGAGCCCCUGUAGGGCCGGGGGUGUGAGUCCCAGCCCUGCUGCCCAGUGCUGGGUGACUGUGGGACAGCAAGGUCAAGCCCAGGCUUGGUCUGGGACGGUCAUGGGGGUGGCCUUGAGCCUUGCUCCUGCCCUUGGCCAGGGAGGAGGCCUGCUCCCCCGAAGCCCCGGAUGUUGGCCAAAUUGCUGCUUUCUUCUCAGUGUUGGGGCCUUCCAUGGGUCCCCAUCUGUCAACUGUCUGUUUGUCCUUCUCCAAGAGGAAGGAGCGAAGUGUUCCCUGCCCAUCUCAUGCCUUGCGUUCCGCCUGUCCUUCCCCUCCCCCCGAGCCUGGAACCCGCAGCCCUUUCUUCCCUGAGCUUCUACUCCAAUGCCCUGGCCUGGGACCUGAUUCUCCAUCCUACACCAGGGUUCACGCCACUUCUCCUUGGUCUGUACCUGGCGGCCACCACUGCCCACUCUGGUCAGCCAGGAUGGAUGGGGAUGUUGGGUUCCUGGGGUUGGUCAGCUGGUGCCAGGCUUUUGGUGCUAAGGCCUGUGAGGGGUCCCAGGCAGUGCUGCUUCCUCCUCUGACCUGGUUCGGGACCAGCUCUUUAGCAGUGAGGGGUCAGUCCACACGUGAGAACCGCCUUUGAUCUGAAGGGCUGAAUUCCGAGGUCACCUUCCUAUCCCAUCAGCCCCCAGACUGAUGUUGGCACCAGGAUUGGAGGGAAGGCAACGCACCCCUUUCCUUCCUUUUGCUUUCCAGGCCCUUAGGCCUGCCAAGCCCCAGAUGGGGGUCUUUCAGUGCCAUUGACACUGCCCAGGAAUGUCCAGAGGCAAAAGAAGGGGGGACAGACAAAGAGCCCAGCCCAUCCUGCCUCCCCCAUGGCCACAGGAGCCCCAGUGCCUAUCUUAGAAAGGGGCUUGGGGAAGGGACACACUAUUCCCCUCCUUGUCCCUGGUCCAGCCUCACUGUAGGACCCAGGGCUGGCUUCUAAGUUUCCGUCCAGUCUACAGCCAAGUUCUGUGUUAGUCACACACAUGCCACACAUAUGAAACCUUGGAGUUUACACUGAGUUGUCCCAGCUCUGGUUCCCCUGGCCGCUCUGGGCCUUGGAUCCCCUUCACCCGACCUGGUCUGUUCCAGAUGCCAAGGGUGGGGGAGGUGAGGUCAGGCCUCUGCCUUGGGGAUUGGGAAUGUGUUUUAUUCUCCCCACCUUGUUUUUAUAGCUCUCCCUUGAGCUGGGGAAAGGAGGAGGGUCUGAUCUCUUUUCAGAGCUCCGUUUAAUGUCUGUUCCCAUGCUAUGGUUGCUUUGUUUUCUAUGAAUGAGUCUGCAUUCAAUUAAAAAAACAACCAGAUGCAGGUC